CAGAUGACAUUAGGUAUUCUACGUCUUGGUGUAUUAGUCGUUUAUAUCUCGGAACCAUUGUUAAGUGGUUUCACUUGUGCAUCAGCUAUUCAUGUAUUUGCUAGUCAAUUGAAUGGUUUAUUCGGCAUACAUUUGAAUAAUGCUACAGGACCAUUGCGUAUUUUUUAUAUAUUGAUUAAUUUUAUUCAUAUUAUCAAAGAAACCAAUCUGGUCACAUUGUUAAUAUCAAUUAUAUGUAUCAUCAUUAUCUGGUGUUUCAAACAUUUUAUCAAUCCGAAAAUUUCAGCUAAAAUCCGAUUUACAAUACCGAUUGAAUUAAUUGUA